AUCCCUCCGAAAGAUCUGGAUGCAUCCAUCUCCGGGGUCCCCCUGUCGAUGAAGAGGAAGAACGUAUCUGCUCAUCGAGAGCGUAUCUGCCAUCGUCUUGAGAAUCAGGAAUUAUUCAUGGGAUCCGCCACAUCACUGACGAAGUUUUCCACCGCUCGUGGCAGAACGAAAAAGUGAGAAUGUUCCGAAACGUAGAUCCGAACGUGCUCUUCACCUAGAGUUUUUGGACCUACGCGUGGACUUCGGAGUCGGAGCGAAUCCUCCUUGCCACCAUGACUGGACAGCGGUUCGUCGUAGAAUUAUUCUACGAUGUGGUUUCUCCCUACACUUACUUCGCAUUCGAAGCACUGUGCCGUUACCGCCAGGCAUGGGACAUGGAGCUCAAGCUGAGGCCCUUCCUACUAUCCGGUCUCAUGAGAGAAAGUGGAAACAAGAGCCCUGCUGUCGUACUCAACAAGGGGAUAUAUUGCGCGAAGGACCUCCACCGUCUGUCGAAGUACUACAACAUACCUUUCGGUCUACACAGAGACUACGUGCAGUGGGUUCUGUCGAGGAACACGCUCCAUGCUCAACGAUUCCUCUGUGCGAUCGAUCUCUACCGACCAGAAUAUCUCGAAACGGUGUCCAGGCAUUUCUUCCGACGCUUUUUCGGCGAGCAGAAAGAAAUAAUGUCACUGGAAUGCUUACCCAAAGUGGCAGCGGCGGCUGAAUUGCCGCGAGAUGUAGUGUCAGACUGCCUGCAAGCGCUUGACAGCGAACCGGUGAAAACUCUUCUCAGGAAAAACACGGGGGAAGCUCUGCAGCUCAGCGCUUUCGGCUCGCCUACAAUCGUCGCAACAAUCAACGGUCGGAGAGAGACCUAUUUCGGACAAGACAGACUACUGCUUCUCGCGCACGAUGCCGGGAAGCCUUGGUUGGGUCCCCAUCCCGAUGCUCCUGCGAAGCUCUGAAAAGAGCGAUGUAUGUAACUAGGAAAUACUGUAGACGUAGUACUAUGACGCCGAGACGUGGGGGAAGAGUGUCGAAUAAAAGUU